UAAAAGCCAACUAAAGUUUAAAAUCAACACUUAUCUCUUAACUUUCCGAGAACGAAGAUGUUGAUUGCCCGACUGGCGUUUUUAAUCUCUAUUCUGAGCUUUGUGGUUGGACUUCAGAAACUGGAGACCACUGCCAGUUCUACGACUACAAAGACUACGAGGACUUUGGAUGCUGUCAGCUAUUGUCAGCCUAGUGGAGGAUAUUGUCGGAUGCACGUGGAUUGCUGUUCGGGAAUGUGCAUUCAGGUGUCUGCAGAGUGUCGUUAGGAGAAAUCGGCUACUUUGUGUUUGGAGUUUAAUAUACCAAAAGGCUUGAAAUGGCUCGUAAUAUUUGUUUUCUCAGUGUACAUAAAUAUUUCCUUAUUUGUGGGUUUCUAUUCAACAACUCAUGCAGCGGAGAAGCUCUGCUGAGAUUUAAUAACCACUUCAUCAGCUUAUUUAUAAAGUCGAGAUCCCUCAUAUGUGGCGAUCUAAAAGCAGAUCGUGUCAGUUGAGUAUUUACUUUGCCAGCGAGAAGAUGUCGUCGUUACCCACGAUCCUUGGAUUGUAUAUUUUGCUCUGUAUCACAUUUAGCAAUGUGCAUGGAUACGGCACAAAAUGUAGUCCCGUGGGCGGAGAUUGUAACGUGCAUUGGGAUUGCUGCAGCGGAGUAUGCCACACCUACGGAUCAAAAUGCGGUAGUCCGCCACACCGUCUGAUAAAAACUUAUUUGAGUCCCAGCGAAGUCGAAAGACGCAAGAGAAUUCGACAGAAUUAAAAAAAAAAAUGCAAAUGCCACAGUGUUGGUGAAUCCGUAAGUUUACCUCCUUAUUAAUUUGAGAAACUUUCACAUAAUGGCCAAUUAAAGAAAGAGGUUUUAAGCAUG